AUGGCGGAAAACCGAGAGCCCCGCAGGGCCGUCAAGGCUGAGCUGGACCCGGGGGAGUAUACCCUUCGGAAGCGGCUCCCCCACCGCCUGCCCCGGAGGCCCAGUGACAUUUAUGUCAACAUGAAGACUGACUUUAAGGCCCAGUUGGCCCGCUGCCAAAAGCUUCUGGACGGAGGGGCUCGGGGUCAGAAUUCAUGCAGUGAGAUCUACAUUCAUGGCUUGGGCCUGGCCAUCAACCGUGCCAUCAGCAUUGCCCUACAGCUUCAGGCAGGCAGCUUCGGGUCCUUGCAGGUGGCUGCCAAUCCCUCCACCGUGGAGCUUGUCGAUGAGCUGGAACCAGAGACUGAUACACGAGAGUCGCUGACCCGCAUCCGCAACAACUCGGCCAUCCACAUCCGGGUCUUCAGGGUUGCACCCAAGUAAUGAAAAUGAGGAUGGCCACCUUAUCCACCCACCCCCACAUAAGUAGGCUCAGCUGUGGCUCUUCUUGUACUGAGUACAGUCAUGGACCUUCUACCAGAGCCACGUAAGAAAAGCCUGUCCCCUUACAGCCCAGAGGACUCUGAACUGCGAGGGAGAGUAUUGUCUCUUGUUGGGCCCAAGCAAUGGGUCAUCCCGAGUCUUUGUGGUCUGUAACCA